UAACAAAGCAGGCAGAAAAAUAAAUAAAACAAGAGUCAAGAGCCCAACUUCAGGAAACACUGAUCACCACAAUGGUGACUUCAAAUCUCUGUUCCUCUUUCCUUCAGCGUGUCUUCACUAAUGUUCAAUCGUCACUUAAUUAUCUAAUAAACUUCAGCACUGCUUAUUUUAACUCUGUAGUGUGACACACAUGAACACUGAGUGCUGUGAAACAUGGGAUUUUGCUGUGUAUCAUCCAACCUAAAGCCAUUUUUAAGCCAAAAAGUUACUGAUCCUUAAUAUUUAAAGGGCAUGUUGUUUUAAGUAUGUUUUUUGCCAACAUUAUGAAAACAUUUUUUUUUUUUUUUAAAUAUACAAACAAUGUAUAAAUAAUGUGUUUGUGCUAAACUUUUGAGAACAUUAUUAAAGACCAGAUAACAUUAAAUAAUGUUCCUUUAACGGUUAAUGAGAAUUAUGAGAAUGUUCCCUGUUAACUUGGAAAGUGGUAGUUUUGUGGACUAUCAAUGGAGAGACAGAAAUCUCUCUGAUUCAUCCGUGUUUUAAACAUGAACAAAAGUUGUACGGGUUUGGAACAGCAUGAGGGUGAGUAAAUGAUGACAGAAUUUUCAUUUUUGGUUUAACUAUCCCUAGAACAUAACUUUCUCUGGAGCAGGUUAUGUUUAGAGAGUAAAUUGCUAAGUUUUCCCACAUACUCUGAGUAAAAAUACCCAUGUUGCAUAACAUGUUUUCUGGGCAUGUUAUCUGGGUAUACGUCAGCGAAACAAGCAGGUACAGACACAACUAGUCAUAAACCGCUUUCAGUUUCAGAAGAACACAAUUUUACUUGUGCAUUUACAUGGACAAAAGCUUUUAUUUCCACAGAUUCAGUGUUCUGUGACUAUUGUAAAAUGAUGGCCUUUAUUUUGCUCUUAGUGUGUGUGUUAGUGGCUGGUGUUUCUGGUGUUAGUAUACAUGAAGUGAUUCUGGGAGAGGGAGAUUCACUCACUCUACACACUGGUGUUACAACAGACCAACAAGAAGAGAUUAUAUGGUUUUUUGAAGACACUCUCAUCGCUGAAAUCACUGGAGAUCAGAGUAAGAUCUUUACAGAUGUUCAGUGUAAAGAGAGAUUCAGAGACAGACUGAAGCUGGAUCAUCAGACUGGAUCUCUGACCAUCACAAACAUCAGAAACACAGACUCGGGAGAUUAUCAAAUACAGUUUAACAGCAGAGGUGACAUUGAAAAGAUCUUCAAAGUUAUUGUCUUGGGUGUUUCUGCUGUACAACAAAUUAAGAUAAUAGAGGGAGGAUCUGUCACUUUAGAUGCUGGAAUAAUGACACAAAAUGAAAUAGUAACUUGGUAUUUUAAUGACACUAUCAUCGCUCUAGUCACUGGAGAUCUCAGUUUGAUCUGUACAGAUGUUCAGUGUAAAGAUAGUAAUGAGAGAUUUAGAGACAGACUGAAGCUGAAUUAUUGGUUUACAAGGUCUCUGACCAUCACAAACAUCAGAAACACAGACUCUGGACUCUAUAAACUAAAGAUCAUCAAGAGCAGUUUGACCAUCAUGAGGAGCGUCACUGUUACUGUCACUGCUCCAAGUCUGAUACCUGCUGCUUUUGUUACUGCUGUUCUGGUGGUGGCUGUUUGUUCCUGUUGCAUGGAAAUAGCAUGUCAGAAUGAUGUCAGGACGCAGCACAAUAAUUGGGUGAGAUGAAUCUGUUUCAGAUCUCUGACAUCUGGUUUAAUAUGGAGUUGGCACACCCUUUGCAGCUAUUACAGCUUCGACUCUUCUGGGAAGGCUUUCCACAAGGUUUAGGAGUGUGUUUAUGGGAAUUUUUGACCAUUCUUCUAGAAUGAGGUCAGGCAGUGAUGUUGGCAAGAAGGCCUGGCUCGCAGUCUCCGCUCUAAUUCAUCCCAAAGGUGCUCUAUCGGGUUGUGGUGAACAUGAAAUAGUCCAAAAUGUCUUGGUAUGCUGAAGCAUCAAGUGUUCCUUUCACUGGAACUAAGGGGUCAAGCCCAACCCCUGAAAAACAACCCCACACCAUAAUCCCCCCUCCACCAAACUUUACACUUGGCACAAUGCAGUCAGGCAAGUACCGUUCUCCUGGCAACCACCAAACCCAGACCCGUCCAUCGGAUUGCCAGGCAGAGAAGCGUGAUUGGUCACUCCAGAGAACACGUCUCCACUGCUCUAGAGUCCAGUGGCGGCGUGCUUUACACCACUGCAUCCGACACUUUGCAUUGCACUUGGUGAUGUAAGGCUUGGAUGCAGCUGCUUGGCCAUGGAAACCCAUUCCAUGAAGCUCUCUACGCACUGUUCUGGAGCUAAUCUGAAGGUCUGUAGCUAUUGACUCUGCAGAAAGUUGCGACUUCUGCGCACUGUGCGCCUCAGCAUGCGCUGACCCCGCUCUGUGAUUUUACGUGGCCUACCACUUCGUGGCUGAGUUGCUGUUGUUCCCAAUUGCUUCCACUUUGUUAUGAUACCACUAACAGUUGACCGUGGAAUAUUUAGUAGUGAGGAAAUUUCAUGAAUGGACUUAUUGCACAGGUGGCAACCUAUCACGGUACUACGCUUGAAUUUACUGAGCUCCUGAGAGCGACCCAUUCUUUCACAAAUGUUUGUAGAAGCAGUCUGCAUGCCUAGGUGCUUGAUUUUAUACACCUGUGGCCAUGGAAGUGAUUGGAACACCUGAAUUCAAUGAUUUGGAGGGGUGUCCCAAUACUUUUGGCAAUAUAGUGUUUGUAUGUAAGACCUUCGUUCAUCUUCCGAACACAAAUUAAGAUAUUAUAUUAUUAUGGGCGAUUUCAAAACACUACUUCAUGAAGCUUUGAAGCUUUACGAAUCUUUUGUUUCGAAUCAGUGGUUCGGAGUACGUAUCAAACUGCCAAAGUCACACCCCCCAUUAUUUUUAUUUUUAUUUUUUUUGGUGUACAAAAAGUAUUCUCGUCGCUUCAUAACAUUAAGGUUGAACCACUGUGGUCACAUGGAACAUGGAACUGUUUUAAAUAUGUCUUUAGUAGCUUUCUGGGCAUUGAAAGUGUUGCUGGCGAUGCAGGCCUCACUGAGCUAUCAGAUUUCAUCAAAAAUAUCUUCAUUUGUGUUCCGAAGAUGAACGAAGGUCUGACGGGUGUUCAAUGACAUGAGGGUUAGUAAUUAAUGACAUUAUUUUCAUUUUUGAGUGAACUAAUGCUUUAAGAUGAUUUUGUCUUGAAAAGUUGCGUUGGGAAUAUGUUAAUGCACUUCAGGAUUGACUUUUGAGUUUUAUGGUCUACCUGUUUUCAUUCAGUUGGUUUUGGUUUGUAUUCCUCUCAGGCUUAACCAUGCAACUGUAUGAUUUAUGCAUGUACCUUAGUAAAUGACUUUGCCUACUCCUUUAUAAUUAGUAUAUAAUUAACUCUAACACUGCUUUGGUGUUACUUUAACACCCUGAUGGUGGUUCCCAUAACAUCAGGGAAUUUACUGUGUUUCUGUAAUGCAUAAACCUCCCUAUUUCUAUCCCUAUCUGCCAGCAUAGCAGAUAACUUAGACUGUUCUUUAUCACAGCAUAUUAAAAACAAUCUACUAAUCAUUGCUCUCCUACAUGUGCUUCAACCCAAAGAAAGCAGCUGUAAACACUCUCAAAAAUGAAAUCAUAACAGCAUUUACUAUAAGGAUGAGUGAUUUUCCCACAGAAUAAAGCAUGACUGUACUAUAAUCACGUUUUAAAGAAAAAAGCAGUGAUAAAUCAUGUCAUAUAUUUUAUAUGCUAUAAAAUCAGAAAUCAAUAUACUAUCUUUUUUGUGCAUCCCCUAUAUUAUUUCCAAAAAAAGAAUGACAUAUGCAAUUUAAA